CAUCCAGGCCGCCAGGAUGGACGUGUUCAUGAAAGGCCUCUCCAUGGCCAAGGAGGGCGUCGUGGCUGCCGCGGAGAAGACCAAGCAGGGGGUGACUGAAGCGGCAGAGAAGACCAAGGAGGGCGUCCUCUACGUCGGAAGCAAGACCCGAGAAGGUGUGGUGCAAGGAGUGGCCUCAGUGGCCGAAAAAACCAAGGAGCAGGCGUCACAUCUGGGAGGGGCUAUGUUCUCCGGGGCUGGGAACAUCGCAGCUGCCACAGGGCUGGUGAAGAAAGAGGAGUUCCCCACCGAUCUGAAGCCCGAGGAGGUGGGUCAGGAAGCUGCUGAGGAGCCGCUGAUAGAGCCCAUGAUGGAGCCCGAAGGCGAGAGCUAUGAGGACCCACCCCAGGAGGAGUACCAGGAGUAUGAGCCAGAGGCCUAAGGGCUUAGCGCAGCCCUCACCAGCAGCACAAUCCUGUCCCCUGUCCCCUGUCCCCCGCCCCGCCCCCCAGAGCCAGGGCUGUCCCUUCUCCCCCCUCCCCACAAACACGAGAUCUUCCUUUGCUCCGAGGCGCCCCCCUCCGGAGCCUGUGUUAGUGUCUGUCAGUUUGUCUGUCCUCCCCGCCCGCGUCCAACCCCGGGGCGUGGCCAGGGCCGCGAUGGGGAGCUCCCCUCCCCGGGCGUUGUCCCCUCCCGCCCCUCGGGUCCAGUGUCUACGCGGUUGUAGCAUGUUCUGUGUCUGUAAAUCGAGAUCCGAAAGCGACGGCUUCCCGCCCCCACCCCAGGGGUCCCCGGGCAGCCCCAGAGCCCUCCCCACUCCCACAUUCAUAUUUACCCUAAACGCCCCCCCCCCAAAAAAACCCUUUUUUAUUUUAUUUUAACGGAAACCAGGAGCCAGGCUGUGCCAUGCCCCUCCCCCAGCCGGCCCGGUCCGAGCGCGGGCGUCUUGUGUCGUGAUUGUGGCAUGGAGAGCCCCCUCCCCCGUGUGAGCGUGUCCGGGGGUCGGGCCCGGCCGCCCCCCGCGUGUCCAUGAAUAAAGCCAAUCUGUCUGUA